UUUCAGUUAGUUCACAAUGGCACGUACUAAGCAGACUGCACGUAAGUCCACUGGGGGGAAAGCGCCGCGGAAGCAGCUGGCUACUAAGGCAGCUCGGAAAAGCGCUCCAGCCGGCGGCAUGAAGAAGCCGCACCGCUACCGGCCCGGCACCGUGGCCCUGCGCGAGAUUCGCCGCUACCAGAAGUCAACCGAGCUGCUGAUCCGAAAGUUGCCUUUCCAACGACUGGUGCGAGAAAUUGCUCAGGACUUCAAGACUGACCUGCGCUUUCAAAGCUCCGCGGUGGUGGCCCUGCAGGAGGCGUGCGAGGCCUACUUGGUGGGGCUCUUUGAGGACACCAACCUGUGCGCCAUCCACGCUAAGCGGGUGACUAUCAUGCCCAAGGACAUUCAGCUCGCUCGCUGCAUUCGUGGGGAGAGAGCGUAAAGCUUUCUGGGCAGUAAUUAAAUCCAACUCACAAAGGCUCUUUUUAGAGCCGCC